CACGCGCAGGAGGCGCAUAGUUUCUCCAAACAAAAACUGUUGUGCGUUUUCACGCGUUUGGAGAGGUUUCGCUUUUAAUGCAGGAGCGGAGGAUGUACGAUCUGUGAGGACUGUGAUUGUACCGGAGAUACAAACAUUUGAUCAGCCUCUUGUCAGAGUUGAUUUAAAGACAAAGAGAAACAACUAGCUGUUUUUACGGAUCAGAUCCAUGAAACUCCGAGGAACAGCAACAACCUCAUGGUUUACCUCGAAAGGAUGUAUUCAUCAAGAUCGCCUUUACACCAUUGCACGCAGUAGAUUAAUGCAUUUUAAUGAUUUAUUUUUAUUUUGAAAAUACGAUUUUCUGGACUUCAGCUCUCAGAGCAAAGAAUAGCUCGAAUCAAGAAUCGUCUUUGUCUGUGCAUUAUUGCAUUGGCAUACUGAUCACUAAAUGACUGCUAGUGUAACACACCAAGCUCUCCAAUUAUAACGUGCAAAGACGAACAUGUCAACACUGUUUCCCGAUUAGACAAGAGACUGAAUAGUAUUGGAUUGCAAUGGGAAUGCAAUAGCAGUUGCAUUGAUUUGCGAUUGUUUAGACAUUCAUUGAAAGAAAUCUCCCUUUGUCAACCGACCAGAGAAAGAGACGUGUGGGAACUGGCCAUGUCCUUCUUUAAUUUCCGAAAAAUCUUUAAAUUGGGCGCAGAGAAGAAGAAGAAACACUAUGAUCACGUGCACAGGGACACAAAUCCGGAGGAAAUCUGGGAGAUUGUGGGAGAACUGGGGGAUGGAGCCUUCGGAAAGGUGUUCAAGGCUCAAAACAAGCAGACAGGCAUUUUUGCUGCUGCAAAGGUGAUUGACACCAAAACUGAAGAUGAGCUGGAGGACUACAUGGUGGAGAUCGACAUCUUGGCAUCAUGUGAUCAUCACAAUAUUGUCAAGCUGCUUGACGCGUUUUACUACGAGAGCAAGCUGUGGGUGAGUCGUUUCCUUCUUGAUACGUGUGUGUGUGUGUGUGUGUGUGUGUGUGUAGAGCUGGAAAGGCCUCUGACGGAGCCGCAGAUCAGGGUGGUUUGUAAGCAGUCUCUGGAUGCUCUGCAGUAUCUGCAUGAGAACAAGGUGAUCCACAGAGACCUGAAGGCUGGAAACAUCCUGCUCACCCUCGACGGAGAUGUCAAACUGGCGGACUUUGGAGUGUCUGCCAAGAACACAAAGACCAUCCAGCGAAGAGACACCUUCAUUGGAACCCCUUACUGGAUGGCUCCAGAGGUCGUGAUGUGUGAGACGUCUAAGGACAGGCCGUAUGACUAUAAGGCUGAUAUUUGGUCUCUAGGAAUCACUCUGAUCGAGCUGGCCCAGAUCGAACCACCCAACCAUGAGAUGAACCCAAUGAGAGUUCUGCUCAAGAUCGCCAAAGCUGAACCGCCUACUCUCCAGCAGCCUUCAAAAUGGUCUCCUAAGUUUAAAGACUUCCUGAAACAUGCGCUGGAUAAGAACGUGGACAACAGGUGGAGCACAGCACAACUUCUUCAGCACCCGUUUGUGAGUAGUGUGACUGACAGCCGACCCCUGCGGGAGCUCAUCGCUGAGGCCAACGCGGAGGUCACAGAGGAGAUAGAGGACCUGAAGGAGGAAGAGGAGGAAGAAGAUCAUGAAGGAAACCUGCUGCUUCCUGGACACAAACGCGCACCAUCUGACGCUAGCGUUGGAAGCUCUGAAGACGAGAAGCUUCCGCAGUCACCAUCCACGUUGGCGUCUGUUCCUGAGAAGAUUGAAGAGGCCUCUACACCCAAACUUCCAGAUGGUAAUGUUACAACUGGAAUAAAGAAGGAAGAACCACCUCUGAAGGUGAGUGAGAACCACAUUGAGGAUGUAGAAGAACCUGGAUCUAAGCAACAAGCUGUGGAAGUAUCUCCAAAGGAAUCUCAAGAACCUAAAGCUGAAGAGAAGCCUGUAGAACCAGAGACUCCUGCUGAUACAAUAGUCCAAACGGAGGAGCAAAGAGCCAAACCUGAUGGAGAGAAACUGGAAGAGGAAAAGGAGGUGGUGGGCAAUGGUGAACUCAUAAAGGAAGUGUCUGCAUCGGACAUUUCUUCAUUGGAGACACCAACAGAACCUGUUAAACAAGCUGUGCCUGAUGAACCUAUUCCAACAUCUCCAUUGAAAGAAGAAGAGAGUGUUGAGGGAAAGGAGAAACCUGAACUGGUGGAGAAACAAAGCCCAGUGAAGACCAGGUAUGUGAAGAAGGAGGACUCAGACUCUGGGAUCAGUUCUUCAGCUGACAACAGCAGCAUAGACCUGAACUUAUCCAUCUCCAGCUUUAUUAGCAAAUCCAAGGAGCCAGGAACCGUCUCUCAGCAGUUUAAACAUUUAAUCACGGACAAUGACACCAAAAGCGAGGAGAUGAGAUUCCUCAGGCGUCAGGAGCUGAGGGAACUGAGACUUCUUCAGAAAGAGGAGCAGAGAGCCCAACAGCAGCUCAGCAACAAACUCCAGCAGCAGAGAGAGCAGAUCUACAAACGCUUUGACCAGGAAGUCACGAGUAAGAAGCGUCAGUAUGAUACGGAGGUGGAGAAUAUGGAGCGGCAGCAGAAACAGACAAUCGAGCGUCUGGAGCAGGAUCACACCGAGCGCCUCAGAGACGAGGCCAAACGCAUUAAAGCUGAGCAGGACAAAGAGCUUUCCAAGUUUCAGAGUACGCUCAAGAACCGCAAGAAAGAGGAGCUCUCGCCUAAACAUGUGAGCAUCCUGAAACAUAUUAGGGAGGAUCUAAUACAGACUCCUUGUGAGGAGAGUAAGAAGCGUCAGUAUGAUACGGAGGUGGAGAAUAUGGAGCGGCAGCAGAAACAGACAAUCGAGCGUCUGGAGCAGGAUCACACCGAGCGCCUCAGAGACGAGGCCAAACGCAUUAAAGCUGAGCAGGACAAAGAGCUUUCCAAGUUUCAGAGUACGCUCAAGAACCGCAAGAAAGAGGAGCUCUCGCCUAAACAUGUGAGCAUCCUGAAACAUAUUAGGGAGGAUCUAAUACAGACUCCUUGUGAGGAGGAGCAGGAGUUUCUUCAGAAGCAGCAGCAGGAUCUGGACAGCGCUCUGAAGAAGAUCAUUCAGCAGCACAAACAUGAGCUGGCCACUAUUGAGAGAGACUGUCUCAACAACAAGCAGCAGCUCCUCAGAGCCCGAGAAGCCGCUAUGUGGGAGCUGGAAGAGCGCCACCUACAGGAAAAACACCAGUUGCACAAACAGCAGUUGAAAGACCAGUACUUCAUGCAACGACACCAGCUGCUUAAAAGACACGAGAAGGAAAUGGAGCAGAUGCAUAGGUAUAACCAGCGUCUGGUAGAGGAGAUGAAGAACAAACAGACACAGGAGAGGACCAGACUGCCUAAGAUCCAGCGCAGUGAUGCAAAGACACGCAUGGCCAUGUUCAAAAAGAGUCUGCGCAUCACGACCACAGGGGUCACGCCGGAACUGGAACGUGAGAGAGUCAAACAGUUUGCAGCACAGGAGGAGAAGAGACAAAAGAACGAGCGUCACCAUCAACACCAGAAACAUGAGACUCAGAUGAGAGACCUGCAGAUGCAGUGCGACGCCAACGUCGGAGAACUACAGCAGCUGCAGAAUGAGAAGUGCCAUCUGUUGAUCGAGCAUGAGACUCAGAAGCUGAAGGAGCUGGAUGAGGAGCACAGCGCAGAGCUCAAGGACUGGAGAGAGAAACUCAGGCCCCGCAAGAAGGCCCUUGAGGAAGAGUUUGCGCGUAAGCUACAGGAACAGGAAAUGUUCUUCAAAAUGAGCGGGGAGUCUGCAUGCCUUAACCCCUCCACCCAGAGCCGGAUCUCAAAGUUCUACCCCGUCCCGAGUGUCCACUCCACCGGGUUUUAACACACACGUUCACACUAAAAGCACAAAGAUGCUAAACUGCAUUGGGACUGAACCUCAGCUGCCUUGUUCCCUCUGAUCGCUGAUGUCAGGCAGAACGAAGGAGGGACUUCGUUGUUCCAGUAAUAUACAGAGAAGUUUUUGCUUUAGUUUUUUUAAUUUAAGCUUUAAAAGUGGAUUUUCAGUGUGGUUUCCCUAAACAUUUCAGCAAUGGUUUAUGAAAGAUAAUGUGAUUCUAUAUGCCACUAAAUUGAUCUUCGUUUUUUAAUUUAUUUUUUGAAUCAGUGGUCUCAGUGUCUUAAUGUUGUGGUUUACUGUGAUAUUUUUAGGAUUAUAGCUGCGUACAUGGAAUGACUGUUCAACUUCAGGCUAAUUCGCUUGCACUAAACUAAGCGAAUGAUUUAACUAAAUCUAAAUCAGAAUAAAAAAUCUGAAUGGUAAUAAAAUGUUCUUAAAUCAAAUGAUG